AUUCGUAAGGCUGCCAAGUUCGUUGCCUUGUUGUCGAGGCCCCAAGGCUGCAAAUACAUCCCGCAUCACAGUUCCCUCCUGGUGGCGUCGAAGAUGCAAACACAAAUUCUGACGCGAAUUGUUGCGAACACACCGUCCUUUUCGAUAGACAAACAGGGGCAAGUUGAGAUUUAAUCCAUAGCUAUUCGAACACCCAUUGCGAUCUGUGUGAGCACACUGAUCGGCCUCUCACGCGAUCCAUCUUUCCACGAUUCUCACGACAAUGGACAUACCAGGCCGUAGCUCGUCAGGUCUGCCAGAGGAAGUCGUAACAUGUCUUGACAAUGCUCGUUUCCUCCACCUGGCCACCUCUCACAACGACGUCCCUCACGUAUCACUGAUGAAAUACACCUACCUUCCCAGCACACCCUUUUCUUCGUCUCCCACCAUAAUAAUGACAACGCCUCCUUCUUCCCGGAAAACACUGAACUUAGAAGCAAAUCCCAAGGUGUCAUUACUUGUGCACGACUGGGUCUCUCACCGUCCCCCCACACUCUCGUCCUCGCCAGACCAGGCUCGCAGCCCGGAGCGCUCGAGCCUGGCAAACUUGCUAAUGGGAUUUAAUUCCGCCUCGAUAUCCCGUAUUUCUGUCUCUCUAAACGGAACCGCGCAGUUCCUAGAGCCAGGAAGCGAGGAGGAAGAAUGGUGCAAAGCUCGUCACAGGGAGAGCAACGCGUUUGGCGAGAAUGUGCAAUCGGACCCUUUUGGCAUUAGCGGGGACGCCGGAGCUGGCUCGUACAUCGAGGGUCAGGAGGUCAGGGUUGUGGUUGUGAAGAUACGGGAUGGACGGAUCUCAGAUUGGCAGGAAAGCGUGAAAGAUUUCUCGGUGGAAGGGGCGUCAUCUGCAGCGCCAUUAGUAAAUGGCGUGUAGGGAUAUGGCCAUUUCAGAAGCAAAUGCAAUGCUCGACUGCAUCGACAGCAAACCGACUCCAGACACGACGUACCUGCAGAACAGGUUCUGAGAAGGAACGUACUCGACGAUAUUCGUUGCGAAAUCAGCGGCGGCCAUGGCUCAAAGCAAUCACAUUGACAACGCAUGCAUUUUUUGGGUCAAGAAUUCGCAUUUGGUCUCAACAAGACUACGAUUGGUUCUUGCGAGGAUUUUGACCACGGAUGAAAAGUUUACAAAUUUUCGCCUUUAAGUUGCAAACGACCUCGCCUUUAAGUUGCAAACGACCCGGGGAUUUAUCGUACUACUUUGAUAAAUUGGGAAUGGAAAAAGUAUCGCAAUGAUGUCAAAUAUAGUGGAGGCGAGGAGGAUUAUGGUGCUGAUCAAUUUUAUCAUCAUUCAAUUAAGGGGAAUAUCAUCUUCAUACUAAUACUACACGAUGCCGUCAUAAAUCCUACAGAGUUUUACCUCCGUCAUACGCAGCUCCAUCUUAUGCAUUUAGUAGCGUUGUUGACCACCAAG